UGUGUCGACUUUAAGUUUAGUUUUUUCUAGCGGUCUGUGCGGUUCACUUGUGUCAACGGAGUCAGAUGAUGAAAGUUGCAAGUGGUUGUCAUUAGGAUACACAGCGAACUAGUGGCAAAAACUUAAUGAAAAAUCGAAGAAAGCUGCAGCAAUUGUAGUUUUGUCUAUGCCUGAGUGUGAAUGUGUGUAUGGCUUAACUAAUACAAAAGUAAUCAAAGUUGAAUGCUGAAAGUGCGCUUAGGCAACACGACAGGAAGUCAAUAAAAAUAAGCACAUUAAAGCAACUUGCGGUCUACGAAAUUAUGUCAACGACUAUUGAGAGGGAGGAAGCGACGGCCAUGGACGCGUCGACGACUGAUUCAACAUCGACCGUGGGCAAUGUGAUUGCUAAGACAGUCCAGUUCAUAAUUAGCAGCACAACAUCAAAACCAAUGGCAGUAAGUGGCACAGGCUUAUUCAGCACAGCCAGCACUACCAUCUCUACGGCAACAACAACUACAACAACAACAACAGCAGCAGCUACAGGAACAACAACAAGCGGCACUGAGAAGCUCAGCGUGAAUGAUUUGAGCAGCGCUCUGCAAUAUUUUGGAAUUGUUGAUUACAUUGUUUUCAUAGCCAUGUUGGUGGUCUGCGCCGUAAUUGGCUUCUAUUUCGGAUUCAUUGAGAAGAAACAGAAAAAGCAAAAGGGCCAAGUACCCACUGAUGAAAAAGAUGGCGCUGGUGGUGCUGGCAACGAGGAACGUCGCGGCUCGGAAGCAUUGGAUUACUUGGUGGGUGGACGCAAAAUGAAAGUGUUUCCGGUCUCGCUGUCACUGGUGGCUAGCUUUGUUUCGGGAAUUUCAUUGCUGGGCACCUCGACGGAGAUCUAUGUCUAUGGCACUCAGUACGCUUUCAUACUCAUUACGCUGGCCAUAUCGGGACUUAUAUCAUGGUAUAUCUUUUUACCCGUAUUCUGCAAUCUACAAUUGACUUCCAGCUAUGAGUACUUUGAGCUGCGCUUUAACCAAACCGUCCGUGUUGUGGCCUCGUCACUUUUCACCAUUACUACGUUAAUCUGGCUACCCAUAGUUAUAUAUGUGCCAGCGUUGGCCUUUAAUCAGGUGACUGGCAUAAAUGUACAUAUCAUCACGCCUGUGGUUUGCAUUGUCUGCAUAUUUUACACCACUGUUGGCGGUUUGAAGGCUGUCGUCUGGACGGAUGUCAUACAAACCGUAAUUAUGGUGGGCGCUGUACUCUUUGUUGUCAUCAAAGGCACCAUUAACGUGGGCGGAUUGGGUGUGGUUAUUCAACGUAAUCUGGAAAGUGGACGCCUUGAAUGGCCGGAAUUCACACUCGAUCCAAAAGUUCGCAUGUCCGUUUUCUCUGUAUUUGUGGCCUAUACGGCUUAUGGCUCAUACAAUUUGGGAUGCAAUCAGAUCAUCACACAACGCUAUAUGUCGCUGCCCGGCGUAAAGGAAAUGAAAAAGGCAUCAGUUCUGUUUGUUGGAGGUUAUAUCCUAUUAUCCGGCAUUUGCUUAUAUAAUGGAUUGCUACUCUUUGCCAGAUAUUACGACUGUGAUCCAUUGACCACAAAGCUGGCCAAAGCCAAGGAUCAAUUGGUGCCAUUGCUUGUGAUGGAUACGUUGAGCAUGAUUCCCGGUCUACCUGGCAUAUUUGUGGCUGGUGUGUUCAGUGCAGCGUUAAGCUCGUUAUCCACAGGCCUUAACUCACUGGCCGCCGUCUUUUUGGAGGACUACAUCAAGCCGCUUUGCCGCAAACCUUUGACUGAGCGUCAAACAGCCAUAACUAUGCGUCUCUGCACUGUCAUCAUUGGAACGGCGAGUGUCGCCUUGGUCUUCGUUGUAGAGCGUAUGGGCACACAUGUGAUGCAGUUGUCCAUGUCGUUGAGCUCCUUAGCUCAGGGACCAUUGUUUGCCCUCUUUGUUAUUGGGCUAUUGUGUCCACGCCUUAAUGCAAAAAGUGCACUGUUCGGGACCCUUUGUUCCUUCGUCUUCAUGACUUGGCUGUGCCUAAAUGCCCAGAUGGCCAUGAACUCUGGCGAGCUGCACUACGAAACCAACGUUGAGGGUUGUCAGUACCAGUUCGAACGGCCCUUGGUUACGCCUGCGAAUGCCACUCUCACUGAACCGGCUUCCCUCAGCAUUUUCCAGGAAAUCUAUCAUAUAUCCUUCAUGUGCUAUACAUUAUUUUCUUCUGCCGUGGGCGUCAUUUCUGCCUACCUGUCGGGUUUCAUAUUCGGGUUCCGUAAGCUUGAGGAUAUCGAUGUGGAGUUACUAGCGCCCUGUGUGCGACGAUUUUAUAGAGUCAACUAUACCAGCGUAGAACUAGAUGAGACUCGACUUAAGUCAGGCAUUCAGAAAUCUUAAAUUGUACUUAGCCAUCAGACUUACAAUAAACAAUUUGAUUAAGUAUACGCCAUGCUUAACUGUCACAUGCAACCAAAAGCUUGACUAAUAUAUAUUAAUUUUCAUCUGUUUUAA